AUGUUUGCCAGGAAUUGUUGCUUGUGGGAGAUGUCCGGCUUGUCAUAUUUCUUGGCGUCUGAGAGAGACCCAAUUUUCUUUGCACGACCUUCGGUAUGCACUUACAUUCCAUUCUUCUACAUUGAAACAUUCGCUUCGACCAAGGCUGGUCUAAAUCCGACAAUCUCGUUCUACAUGCUGCCGAUCCUAUCUGCAGGACCUCUAGCCGUUCUGAGCAUCUGCACCCUUGCGGCUGGGCUCCUUGGGUUCUGUUGGAUAGCGAUAGCGAUCGAAGCUGGAGUGGCUCAUUAUUCUCAGGAGCAUUUUAUCACAGAUGACAUGGGCAUUGUUGGAGGCAGGUUGGGCAUGAAUACAUUCUGUGCUGCUCUGGGUCUUCUGAUCGGAACCCCAAUUGCUGGCCUGCAGGUGUUCUGUGGCGCUACUUUGCUGCUCGCAGGUGGUCUGGUUGUGGUGACAAGAAAGCAUAAGGCUGUCUCGAAUCAGGAAAGCUUUUUGCACCAUGAGACAUCAGCUGCUGGGGUAAGUGCAACAUAUACGCUAGGAAUGUUAGAAUAUGGCACACUCUUAGCCGAAGGAUCGAUUCCGCAGGCAGCGACCUUUGACCCCACGAUGCCAGCACGUAUUCUAUCUUCCCUGCCUACUUCACUUCAUCAAGCAACACAAACCGCGCUGACCUCGUACUUUACCAUGCAAGUCACAAGGGCUGCUAUUGCAAUUGCUUUGGCAUUGGCCUCGAGUGCACUCUCGACGAAGCCUUUGCUUGACCAGUCUUUUGAUAGCCAAGCAGAAGAACUCUUGAGACUGCUAAAUGUGCCAGGUCUAAGCGUUGCAAUCGUUCGCGGCAACGAUUUUGAGUCGAAAGGAUAUGGCUAUGCUCGUAUACCGUCCGCACCUGCGACAGGCGACACUUUGUACUAUACUGGCAGCACGACCAAGGCUUUCGUAGCUACGUUGGCCGCAAUGAUGGUGGAAAACAAUACUCAUUUCAAAGACCUAAAGUGGUCGACACCCCUGGCAAGUCUCUUGGAAGGUGAUUUUGCACUGUCGGAAGAAUAUCAAAGCCUGCAUACUACGUUGGAAGAUGCACUAUCCCAUCGCUCUGGGCUCCCUCGGCACGAUGCAUCAUAUGGCUGGGGCAACGCUUCGAUGUUCGAGAAUAUUCGCCGAAUGCGUCAUCUUCCACUCACUGCAGAGCCGUGA